AUGACCGUCUCCAACAAUCAUUCCACGAAAAUAUCCCAGCAAUCAAUCUCAUCAAUGUCGGCACUGAAGUUUUUCGGCAAGAAGCUCUUGAGCUCCAAACAUGACAACAAAUUGAAGAAAAAGGCGUCUCUACCCCCGGACUUCCACUCCACAAGCACACACAGCAGCGACUCGUCCUCCAGCUCGAAAUUGCCGACCCCCUUGAAGGCCUCCCGCCGGGCAAACUCGUUUGUCCACUCGACUAACGACAACAGCUCUUCAUCGCCCGGGUCUGCCAAGAACCUGCGCACGGGCUGCACCAGCACGUCCUCCUCAAGAGCGAACAGACAUUCGUCCGCCUCACGCAAUGCGUCCGGCUCCAAGCUCAGCAACGAACGCAUGGUCUACAACCCAUAUGGAGUCUCCACCCCGAACACAUCGCUGUCGUCCAUCUCCACCACCGCGAAGAAGGACCCUGAUCUGGGCUUCUACCUCCACGACGGGGGUUCGAACAUCCGCAUGCUGCCCAUCCCAAUCGUGGACCCGAACGAGUAUCUGCCCGACGAGAUGAAGGAAGCGAGCAUACAAUUGAGCGAUAACUUCGUCUUUGACGACGAAAACAAGACAAUCGGCUGGGGCGGCUCGUGCGAAGUGCGCAAGAUCCGGUCCAAGUACCGCAAGAAGGACGUGUUUGCCCUGAAGAAGCUCAACAUGAUCUACAACGAGACGCCCGAGAAGUUCUACAAGCGCUGCUCGAAGGAAUUCAUCAUCGCGAAACAGUUGAGUCACCACGUGCACAUCACCAACACUUUCCUCCUGGUCAAAGUGCCCACAACUGUGUACACCACCCGCGGCUGGGGAUUCAUCAUGGAGCUCGGGCUGCGAGAUCUGUUUGCAAUGAUCCAGAAGUCCGGGUGGCGCAACGUGGCCCUAGCGGAGAAGUUCUGUAUUUUCAAGCAAGUGGCGCAUGGCGUGAAGUUCUGUCAUGACCAGGGCAUCGCACAUCGUGACUUGAAACCGGAGAACGUGCUGCUUUCCCCGGAGGGCGUAUGCAAACUAACCGAUUUCGGUAUCUCCGACUGGUACCACACUGAUCCUCUCGACCUAUCCAGCCCCGUGAAGAAAUGCGCAGGAAUGAUCGGCUCGCCGCCGUACGCGCCGCCAGAGGUAAUGUACUACGACGCUAAGAAGCACUACGACGCGGAAUUGCAACAGCCGUACGAUCCACGCGCCCUGGAUUGCUACGGCCUGGGCGUUAUCCUCAUGACGCUCGUCAACAACAUUAUCCCAUUCUUGGAGUCGUGCAGCUUCGACAUUGGCUUCCGUGACUACUGCGAAGCGUACGAAAACUUCAUCCGGCUGCACAACCGCGGAUUCCGCGACCCGGGCAACCACCGCCCAGGCCCGGGAAUGGAGUACCACCUGGCCAGAAACUUCAAGAAUGGCCACGCGGCACGCGUGGCCUGGCGGCUCGCCGACCCGGAAGCCGCCACCCGCUACACCAUGGACGACCUGUUCGAAGACCCGUGGUUCCAAAGCAUCGAAACGUGCGUGAACGCCGGCGGCGAGUACGUGUGCAAGAACCCCGCCGUCAAGACUACCACGUACGAGAAUGUGCGAGGCUUCCACAUCGCCACAGACGUUGCCGCAGUGGCGCCCACUUCAAACCCCUUCCUCAAGGCCCGUACUCCCAUCAGGUCCAUGAUCGAUAUAGCCGCCCAUCCUUCGCCAACGCCGACCGCGGCCGCGCUGCCGCCGCCUCCGGCGCACUCGUGCGCCAGCGGAGAGGCGCUGUUUACGCUGACGGAAACCCCGCCACCACAGCUGGGCAAGCUCACGCUCGACGACGAGGCUCCCGCAACAGCCGCCGCUCCCGCAACAGCCGCCCCCGGCCUGCACAGAGCGGUCGUACACCACCACCUGAACAUCACGGGCAGCUUGGUCAGUAGCUCCAGCGCGGCGCCUUCCCAAAUUCCGGCCUCGACCUAA